AUGCACAUCUUCAUCUCCGGCGCCACAGGCCGCAACGGCCGCAUCGUCCUCGACAACGCCCUCUCCCGCGGCCACUCCGUCACCGUCCUCGCCCGCAACCCAUCCUCGUCCUCCCUCCCGUCCCACCCAAACCUCACCAUCAUCCAAGGCACCCCCUUCUCCGAGAAAGACGUCCUCAAAGCACUCACAACACCCCGUCCCCCCACCGCCAUCAUCACAACCCUCAACCAGCGCCGCACCUCCGAAAGCCCCUUCGCGCCCUUAUCCCCAGACUCGCCCCCCGACCUCCUCGCCUCCACCACAAAGACCCUCCUCGCAGCGCUCACAACCCUGCUCCACCAACAAGGCCAGGCGUUCCCAGCAGCAGCAGCAGCAGCCCUCCCCAAGAUCGUCGUCAACUCCCUCUUUGGCGCCCGCGAGUCCUGGGCCUCCAUGAUCUGGCCCCUCCGCGCAGUCAUGAGCCACAGCACCAUGAAGCUCGCCAUCAAGGACCAUAACGCCAUGGAUAGGCUGAUUCGCGAGAGCGAGUUGGGGCUGACGUAUGUCUUCGCGAGGCCGGCGCGGUUGACCGAGGGCCCGCCGGCGGGGGAGGAGGAGGUCAAGGUCAAGGUUUGGCCGGAUGAUGGGAAAGGGUGCGGGUGGAAUGCAGCGGUGAGUAGGCAGAGUCUGGGGGCGUGGAUGGUGAGUGCCGCGGAGACGGAUGAGUGGGAUGGGAGGGCGCCUGUUCUGACCAAUUGA